AUGAGUAGUUGGCUCAAUUAUGUCCAAAAUCUCAAAACGCUUAACCAACAUAAAAUCAGUUAUCCUAGAAAUACAGGACCCCAUAGGGUAUAUCAGAACAUACAAGAAGUGAUUGGCAAUACACCGCUCGUGAGACUUAACAAAAUACCCAAAGAUCAUGGGGUCGAAUGUGAAAUAUAUGCGAAAUGCGAGUACUUCAAUCCAGCGGGUUCGAUUAAGGACCGUAUCGGAUAUACGAUGAUGGAGGAUGCCGUGGCAAAUGGUGUUGUAAAUGACCAGACUGUUUUUGUAGAGCCAACAUCUGGUAAUACUGGAAUAGCCAUUGUGUUCAACGCUUCACUCAGAGGAAACAAGAGCAUUUUGGUUUUGUCUGAAAAGAACUCGGAUGAAAAAGUGAAUACAAUGCGUCUUUUGGGCGCUGAAGUGAUACAAAUAAAAGAUAACGUAUCUGACGUAGAUAUUGCGACGGAAAUUAAGGACAAAGACCCCAAUGCAAUAGUUCUAUUGGAACAGUUCGAUAAUGAUGUAAAUCCUCGUACCCACUACGAGCAUACAGGGGAAGAGAUCUAUGAGGCUCUAGGCCCAGUGGACGUAGCUGUGAUGGGCGCAGGCACCGGUGGUACUAUCACUGGUGUAGCUCAUAAACUCAAGGAACACAACCCCAACUGUGUGGUGGUCGCUGCCGAUCCUGACGGCUCAGUUCUGUUUAAUACACACGGAAAACAACAUCCGUUCCUGGUUGAAGGAAUUACCGGAUCGGAUGUACCCAUAGUUUUAGAUAAAUCCAUAGUGGAUACAUAUGAAGUAGUUACCGAUGAGGAAGCUUUCCUCAUGGCAAGGGAACUUUGCAAAAAAGAAGGAUUACUAUGCGGAGGCAGUAGUGGUCUCAUAACAGCAGCUGCUAUAAAAGCCGCCAAACGACUUAAGCUUAAAGCUGGACAAAGAAUGGUAGUGGUCCUGCCGGACGGCAUCCGCAACUACAUGACUAAGUUUGUCAGCGACCAGUGGAUGGAGGCUUAUCGCUUUCUGGAACCGCCUCAACAUGACAUGAAGUGGUGGAAUAGACCAAUAACAGAUGUGCCAAAAAAAGAUUACAUUAAAAUUGAUCCAUCAGACACUUGUCGACACGCCUACUUACAACUGACAAUGAAACGCUCUACAGUUGCGCUAGUAGUAGACAAACAAGGAUAUUUAGUUGGUGCCGUUUCCAUAGACAGCUUCCGAAACUACGCAACUAAUCCUACCACUAUACCCGGCAAGAAAACUGAGGAAUUCAACUUCUCUGAGUCAUGUGGACAAUAUCUUGUGAAACAUAUCUAUAAGUUGGCUCUCAAUGACAACAAAGGGAUACCUACUGUCGGUCUCGUGUCUCGAGUACUGGACAUAGCACCAUUUGUAAUCGUCGGUCAAGAAAUUGAUAUAAAUCACUUCAAACCUUAUGCCUUAUAUACAGCGAAGGAUGUACUAGAUUACAUACAUGAUUCUACAACAUGGUAA